CGGCAGCGAGGUGAGAGGUGUUGGUGCCGGGAGUGAGCGGCAGCAACAGCAGUAGCUCACCAGACGUCAGAGAAAGUGGGUGUAUACGUACGCAGCUCCUCCAAAAUUCAACCUUAAUACGAAUAUUAGAUGACAGGUUGUAGUCGAGUGGCCGUAGUAAUGGCACGACCAAGACUACUGGUGGUGGUGGUGGUGGUAGCUCUGCUGGUAGUGGUGGUGGAUGCCAAGCCGACCAGGGGACCUCACUUCGACACCUCCAUCAAGGACUACGAUAAUGAGAGAACAUGCUGGACAGGUGAAGUGUGUAAGAGUGAGUUCCAAGCAGAGUUCCGAUGUAAGUGCUCCAGAUGGUACUGGUGUCGUAGUCCUGGUCGUUACUACCACGCCUACUGCACUAUGUCAGCCCUGGGCUACGUCUGGAUACAACCUGGGGGACUGACCCCCCAAGAUGCCCUCCAGCAGUAAGCUGGGUGCUGACUGAAGGAGACUGUGCUGGUUACUUAUGAAGGGUUGGUCGCUGUUGCAACAGUGACUUAGGGAAGGUCACUGCUGCAAGUGUGACUUAGGGAAGGUCACUGCUGUAAGAUUAAAGGUCACUGCUGCAAGUGUGACUUAGGGAAGGUCACUGCUGUAAGAUUAAAGGUCACUGCUGCAAGUGUGACUUAGGAAUGUCACUGCUGUAAGAUUAAA